AUGGAAAAAUCCAAAAACUUUCGCAUCGACGCGCUUUUGGCCGUCGAUCCGCCGAAAGUACAGACAUCACCGCUAGCAUUAGUGACCUCUAUGUCCUCCUCCUCUCUCUCAUCGUCCGGGAGCGUCAACGGUUCCGAUCUGAACACCAGCACAGAGUCUCUGCGGACAGAGAGUCCCUCUCCUCCGAGGAUUUCUUCUUGCGGGUUGAUUCCAAAGCCGGGCUUUCUGAACUCUUCACACUCUAGCAUGAUGGGACUUCACUCGCAGAGUAGCUCUAUACCCCCGCAGGCACUAUAUGGGCACCCGAUGUACUACUCUGCAGCGGCGCUGGGUCAGCAUCCAGCCUUGUCCUACUCAUACCCACAUACCUCCCACCACCAUCACCCUAACGACACCCUCAAACUCACUGCAGGCACAUUUCAGCUCGACCACUGGCUUCGAGUGUCUACAGCGGGCAUGAUGCUGCCGAAAAUGCCCGAUUUUAACGCCCAAGCACAGUCUAAUUUGCUGGGAAAGUGCAGAAGACCGAGGACGGCGUUCACAAGCCAACAACUGCUGGAGUUGGAGCAUCAGUUCAAACUGAAUAAAUACCUGUCUCGACCUAAGCGAUUUGAAGUGGCUACUUCUUUGAUGCUGACAGAAACUCAGGUAAAAAUAUGGUUCCAGAACAGACGUAUGAAAUGGAAGCGCAGUAAGAAGGCCAAGGAGCAGGCAGCGCAGGAUGCCGAGAAUAAGAAAAACUCGAAGGGCGGUCAGGACAAAUCCGACGGACUCGAGCAAACGGAUUAUCAAAAGGUUGGCUCUAAAAGCAACAGAAUAAGAGACUUCAGGGACAGUGACGAAGAGGAAGGAGACAAUUUCCUCUACAACUCUUCAGACUGCUCGUCGGACGAUGAGAGAGCUCAGGCCAGCGACGCCAGCCCACACCCGUGA